AUGCCUUCAUUUGUAGACUCCAACGCUUUAAAAAUUUCCAUUAUAGGAGCAGCUGGUGGUAUUGGCCAAGCAAUGUGUUUGCUUCUUAAGGCACAGUUGCAUACACUAAUACCUAAUGAUGCCAAUUCUGAUCCUAAGGAGAUGAAUAUGCACAUUCAUAUGGCUUUAUAUGACGUAAACAACGAUGCUGUGCGUGGUGUAGCCACCGAUUUGUCUCACAUUGAUACACCUGUAACAUUAUCUAGUCAUUCUCCUAACGAUGCAGAAGGUUUAAGAGAUUGCUUGAUAGAUACUGACUUGAUUGUUGUGCCUGCUGGUUUCCCAAGAAAACCAGGUAUGACAAGAGAUGAUCUGUUUAUCAAGAACGCAGAAAUUAUUUCUGGCUUAGCAGAUAAUAUUGCUGCUUAUUGUGAUAUGUCGAAAAUCUUUAUUUUACUCAUUUCAAAUCCAGUAAACUCUUUAAUUCCUUUAAUGGGACAGAGAUUAGUUCAUCAUCAUCCAAGCAGUGACAUUGAAAGAAGAAUUAUGGGGGUUACAAAGUUAGAUAUUGUCAGAGCAUCUACUUUUCUUCAUCAAUUAUCAAUCACUGAUGGUAUAGAAAAGAGAACAAAUAACAUGCCUGAAAUUCCAGUCAUUGGAGGCCAUUCAGGGGAUACAAUCAUUCCAUUAUUUUCAAGAGCAAAGAUUUAUCCUAAACUAUCAAGGGCUCAGAUAAAAUAUCUGAUCCAUAGAGUACAGACAGGUGGUGACGAAGUUGUGAAAGCAAAGAAUGGGCAGGGAAGUGCUACUUUAUCGAUGGCGUUAGCAGCACACAAAGUUGUGAUGAAAUUCUCUUCUCUUCUAUUGGGAUUAAGAAAAUCUAUACAUGGUAUCUAUUAUGUUUCUUUAUGGAGCCAUAGUAAAAAUCAACCGAUAUGUUCAGAUUCCAAUAUCUUGAUCCCCUUAAUAGAUGGUUGUAAGUAUUUCGCCAUCCCAGUGUACAUCAAUAAACAGGGGACAUAUGCUAUCGAGUAUCAGAUCAUUGAAAAAAUGGCUGAUUUCGAAAGAUCAUCAUUAUUGCCAAAUAGUAUUUCCAAGAUCAAAGCUAACAUCGAAACAGGUUUAGCAUAUUCAAGGCAAUAA